UAAUACGUCACCGUUCGUAAUAAUAAUUAGGUUUGGCUUAAAAGAAUAACAACCUUGACGUUACGCAAGCAGUAAAUCUGAAGUCGUCUCGUGGUUCCACGUGUCAAAAGAUUAUACACUCACUCGUGUCAUUCCAACGGCUAUGAUUAAAUCUUUAGUCGUGAAAACAUCUAUUAAUUCGAAUUGAAAAAAUUUCAUAUAUUUUAAAUAAAAUUUUGAAUUUCAUGUUGUGAAAUAUAAAUAGAAAGAUAGAUAUUAUGAGAGUUUUACAAUCAUCUAAUCUGAUACCAACGAGAGGUUGGAUCAAGUGGUAAGUGGUUUGUUCCAGUUUAAGUAAAGUCUCGAGUUCGAGAUCUUGUGAAUGCAGCAGCUCUCACUGGAGACUCACCCACCAUUUUCAAGUGCGCGACGUAGAUUGCAAGAACCAAUGCAUCAACAGACUACAGCUGUAACAGCACGUGGAAUGGCGGCAACAACAGGGGAUUUAGCCAAUGAGGGGAGGGGUGAAGUUGGUUCUGCUUAUGCUAUUGGCAAGGCCAAGUGGGUGGGGGAUUAGUGUGUGUGUGUGUGUGUGCGCGCGCGCCAUUUUGGGUCGGUCUGUAUUUGUCCAAUUACAAAACCUUAUAUAGCAUUUGGCUUCGUCAGACUCUGUUUCUGCUUGUUCAUGCAACAGCACCAUCGAGGUGUAGUGGUUUUUGAUUUGUUUAGCCUUGGGGAAGUUGACAAAACCAGCCUUGAUGAAUUGUAACAAAAGCAACCCCACUUU